UUUUGUUGGUCAACACUGCGUUGUGGUCGUCUGCUGACAAGAAACUGAAAAGAAAGAACCGAUUUUACAGACUUAAAGAAGUAGUACAUACGAAGGUGCAAGUGUUUAUAAGACCCUCGGAGAAAUGGCAACUACACAGUGCCAAAGAGAGAAAACUAAAGAUUUGACAGGGAUUUUUCCAAAUGAGACUGUGACAGAACAGAAGUCCAUACUGUUUGUGAAGAAACUUUUGGCUGUGGCAGUUUCAAACAUUGCUUACCUAAGAGCCUUGUUUCCAGAGCAUGCAUUUGGAGAUCGUUCAAUUGAAGACCUACAUUUGAAAACUUUGAGAGAUGACAGUGCUUGUCCAGGAGUGUGUAAAUUCAUACAGUAUAUGAAAGGAUGCUUUGAUGCCUUGGACAAGAAAUAUCUUAGAAUACUUAUCCUAGGGCUCUACCGUGAUCCAGAAAACCCUGAGACCUUGAUUGAAUCCUACACAUUCAAGUUCAGCUAUGCAGAUGAGACAGGAGUAGAUAUCUACAGAAAUAACCAAAAGAUAUCAAGUGCCAACACUGCGAGUGAAAUCAAGAAAGCCACAAUUCGCCUCCUUCGCACAAUUGUUGUUUUAACACAAACAAUGAAUGCCAUUCCGGAAGACACUAUGCUGACCAUGAAGUUGCUAUAUUAUGAUGAUGUUACCCCUCCAGAAUAUGAACCCCCUGGAUUUAAGCCAUCCACAUGCACAGAUUUCAAAUAUGAAGAGGAACCUGUGACCAUCAAUGUUGGAGAUGUUGCAACUGUAAGAUUUAGAAUUAAAAUGAGGGUGAAAACAAAUGAAGCAAUGUUUGACAUCAAGGAGGAGGAGACAGCUGAGAUGAAGACAGAGACUGAAGUUCACACUUUAUGUAAAGACACUAAAAAAGAUGAGAAGAUAAAGAAAGAUGAAUCACAACCAACUCCAGUGGUCCCAACAGAAAGUCCAGAAAUUCCAGGUUCUGAUGGUAAAGCAGUUGAAAUGCUUGGCUCUGAAAUGAGUCAGAUGACAGAAACUGAGGAGGAAUUUGGGGUCCGAUGUCCAUGUGGUUGUAAUGAGGAUGAUGGACUGAUGGUGUUAUGUGCCAUCUGCAAGUACUGGCAACAUGGGCUAUGCUUCUGUAUCAAGGAGGAAUAUGAGGCCCCAGAACACCAUGUGUGUGAUGUCUGUGCUGAUAAAGAUGAUCCUAUAAAGCAGCCAACAGAUCCCUAUCUGUACAAGCUGAGUCCUAUAGCUAUUCAGACAACAUGUCUGUACAGAAGAGCUCUGAUGGCAGCUACUGAGUCCAGCAGAGUUGUGGCACCAAGUCUGGCUAAGAGGCUGGGAGUAGAAGUAAAUAUUGCACAUGGACUCAUUGACAGAAUGGAAAAAGAAGGAUAUGUGAAGAAUUCUGGGAAGGGCAAAAAGCUGGGAAAAAUGGUAGACAAUGAGAAAAUAAUGAAUGAGGGAGUUGAAAAGUACCUUAUUAAUAAGACUGUCAUCAACAAUGAAGAAAAUAAGAUGGAAGAGACACAAGAUGUUGAGUCAACUGAAAAGCACAUAGAAAAAAUUACUGACAUGACUGAAGAUAUGGAGCUUGGAGAACAGAAAAAGCGAAGGAAAAAGAAACUGGGACCAAUAUCAGAGGUCAGACAAAGUCCUCGUCUACUGCAAAAGAAACCUGAUGAUGACAAAGAUUCUCAGCAGAUUCAGAGAAAAGGCAAGAAAAGAGCGUGCUCAAAGAUAUAUGAGAAUUCUGAGUUUGAGAUUGCUGACAGUCAGGAUGUGACAGUUGAUGAAGACUAUCCCAGAAGUAAGAAGAAAGCAAGUGAUGUUUCUAAGGCCAUCAUGGUUUGAUGAGAGACUGUACCAGCAUUAAAACAUGCCAACAGAGAUAAAGUCCUGAAAAUUGAAUGUAUAUAUUUUAGAAUUUAUGAAAACUGAAUCAUUUCUUAAAUUUUUGACUUACUUGUCAGAUUAUAGUGCAAAGUCUAGUAGGUUUUCGGUCUAUGAAUUUUAUGUGAAUUCAGUUCAUCAACCUCCCUCAGCAAAUAAAUCCCCAUUUUUGUCAUUUAGGUAAUAACUUUACUUAACCUUAAGUAAAUUGAGAGAAUGUUUUCAAUAUCUCAGGGCAAAAGAGGACACAAACUAUGAAUAUUAGGCCAUUGUACAUGGAAAUAAACUUUUGGCACAGGCAAAUAAUUUUGAAGAUAGCAUUCAAUUUUAUUAAUUAAAAUUCUUCUAACUUCAGAAUUUGGGCUUUUGUAUGCAAUAUCAUAUAACAGCUAUUGUUGAAUUUAGGGUUUAGGGUUGGUUGGAGUUGUUCUCCACUCAAUUACAAUUUGCCCAAAUUAAAUCAUUAUCUGUCCAAAUGAAAAGCAUGACUUGAUAAUUAUCUUCCAUGAAAUUCAUAUAUGAGUACAUUUUGUAGUCAAUACUUGUAGCCAAGUCUUAGCGGACUGACUUUAAAUUUUGCAUUUGUAAAUCUGUCUAUAAUACCUCGUAUAUGAAACUUUGACUAAAACUUAAUUGUAUUGCUUGUUUAUAAUGGAUAUUUAUCUUCUUAAGCACUGAUCACAACCCAGAAUGAUCAAUGUUUCAGUGUAUUGAUUAACAAAUGCUUUUCAUUUUGGUCAUAUUGUCUUUUUUUUCCCCCUUCGUUUAUAAGAAGUUUUAAUAUCUAAUUGCUCAUGAUAUAAAAUAUUUGGAAUAAUAAUACAUGUACAAUAAUGAUGAUUCAAACAAUUUUAACUUUGUUAUUGUUGUAAUGUGUUGUAUUUUUUGUUUGAAAGUUUUGCUAUGGAAAUCUUGAAAUUAUUGAAAAGUGAGAAUUUUAUGCUUGUCUCAAGAAUUAUAAUUGUGUUGUGUAUUCCUUUUUUUCUCUGUUAUACUUGCAAGUGUGAGUACUUUGUUGAUUUUAGUCUUAUUUGUUGUUAGAUCAUACACUGUCUAGAUAACAGAGUAGUCUUAAAUUGUUUUUAUUGUUGAUUAUU